AUGCUUCGGGCUUGGGGCUACCCGGCGACGGGGCUCCGCUUCGUCAGCCAAGGGAGCCGCCCGUUGAUCAAGAAGAUAGACAAGGUGCUCAUCGCAAAUCGUGGAGAGAUUGCGAUUCGGGUGAUGAACACGGCGCGGAAGAUGGGCAUUGAAACGGUGGCUGUAUUCAGCGACGCCGAUCGGGGAGCGCUGUUUGUGCGUAAAGCCGAUAAGGCAUACCACAUCGGGCCGGCCCAGGCGACUCAAAGUUAUCUGAACGUGGACAAGGUGAUCGACACGGCGUUGAAGGCUGGCGCACAGGGUAUCCACCCUGGCUAUGGGUUCUUGUCCGAGAAUGCCGGAUUCGCCGACAAGUGCGCGGAAGCCGGACUAGUUUUCAUCGGGCCCCCAUCACAGGCUAUCCGCGACAUGGGGACGAAGAGCUUGGCCAAGCAAAUUAUGCAGGACGCUAAAGUGCCUGUUGUUGAGGGAUUCCAUGGUGCUGAUCAGUCAGAUGCCAACUUGAAGAAGCAUGCCCAAGCCAUCGGUUAUCCGGUCAUGCUGAAAGCCGUUUACGGCGGUGGCGGGAAGGGAAUGAGGAUUGCUUGGAAGGAAAGCGACUUCGACGAGGCGGUCACGUCGGCCAGGAAUGAAGCCAUGAAAUCUUUUGGCAAUGAUGAAAUGCUGGUCGAGAAAUUUGUCGAAAGACCGCGCCACGUCGAGGUUCAGGUAUUUGGCGACCACCACAAUAACUACGUCUAUCUCUGGGAGCGCGACUGCUCGGUGCAGCGGCGUCACCAGAAAAUUAUCGAGGAAGCGCCCGCGCCAAAUAUUUCUAUGGAAACACGUCGCCGGCUCGGCGAAUCGGCCGUGCGCGCGGCUUCAGCGGUGGGCUAUGUGGGCGCGGGAACGGUGGAGUUCAUCAUGGAUCCGCGCGGAGACUUUUACUUUAUGGAGAUGAACACACGACUGCAAGUGGAGCAUCCGGUUUCGGAAGCGAUUACGGGGACUGAUCUGGUAGAGUGGCAGCUGAAGGUGGCCCAAGGCGAAGAAUUGCCGCUGAAGCAGGCUGACGUUCGAUUGAAUGGACAUGCAAUGGAGUGCCGUGUUUACGCUGAAGAUACACGAAAGGGCGCCUUUAUGCCGACUGCCGGAAAAUUGGACUACGUCGAGUUCCCGGAAGAUGCACGCGUCGAUACCGGGGUGGUGAGCGGCGAUGAAGUUUCCGUGCACUACGACCCAAUGAUUGCGAAGGUGAUCGUUUGGGGACGUGAUCGAGUCGAAGCCUCAGCCAAGCUUGACAAGGCAUUGAAGGCCACAAGGAUCGCUGGUCUCCCAACAAAUAUCGAUUUUGUGCGCACGGUGCUCAAGCACCCCGAAUUCAUCAAGGGAAAUGUCUACACGGAUUUCAUCCCGGACUUCCAAGAGGAGCUCUUUGCUGAUAAGGCUACAACGAUGGAGGAGAUUGUCGAGACGGUCAUCGGGCGGCAGAUCGCUGAGAGGCCGCUGGGUGCGCCGAAAAGUGUGUUCCAGGCCCUGCCCGACUUCCGACUAAAUCUCAACAUGCGCAAGACGUUCCAAGUUGGCGCAAAGACGGUUGAAUUAGAAGUGACCGGGGAGAACAAGUACAAAAUUCACAUCGAUGGUGAGGCAGUCGAGAGCAGCGUGUCGAAUUUGAGGGAGGAGGGCAAUAAGCGAUCGUUCACAAUUGAGGCCGCUGGGCGUAGAUGGCGUGUGGAGACGGUCCAGACGCAAGAGAACAUUUUGGUGUACGGUGUGGGAGAAAACGAGUUCCAAAAACCCAUGAAUCCUCUGCUAGCGGCUGCUGGGGCGGGUGCCACCCAGGGCGAUGCUAUAUCCCCGAUGCCUGGAAUUGUGGAAAAGGUGUUAGUCAAGCCCGGCGACAACGUGAAACAAGGGCAGUCGCUCGUGACGAUGGUUGCGAUGAAGAUGGAAUACAUCAUCAAGGCCUCCAAGGACGCGGUGGUCGAAUCGGUCAACUGCGCGCCCGGCAAGAAUGUCGCGAAAAAUACGGUUCUCGUGCAUUUCAAGGAA